AUGGUGAUCGGGAGGAUUGGGGUGGUCUGUGUCCUCCGGGGCUUCUUCGCCGUGGUCAUCCUUGUGUUCCUCCUGCUCCGGCUGCCCUAUUGUGGCCACAACAUCAUCCUGCACACCUACUGUGAACACAUGGGUGUGGCUCGCCUGGCCUGCGGAGACAUCACCCCCAAUGUGGUAUAUGGCUUGACAGCAGCUCUGUCCACCCUGGGGGUUGACUCCGUCCUCAUCGCCAUCUCCUACUCGCUGAUCCUCAGGACCGUCUUUCGGCUCCCGUCCAAGGAUGCUCGCCACAAAGCCCUGGACACCUGUGGCUCCCACCUCUGCGUCAUCCUGAUGUUCUACACACCGGCCUUCUUCUCCUUCCUCACCCACCGCUUUGGGCACAACAUCCCUCGCCACGUCCACAUCCUGCUGGCCAACCUCUACGUCAUCGUGCCCCCCAUGCUCAACCCCAUCGUCUACGGGGUUAAAACGAAGCAGAUUCGGGAAGCGGCCAGGCGCCUCCUCUUGCAAAGGGCGGGGGCGUUUCUCAGUCCCAAAACUGGAGCCCCACCCCUGACCAAUGGGGCAUAG